CCACCGCUUGCAUGCAACUGAUCUGAUUUCAUUUCUCGACUGGUGGUAUUUACUGCAGGGCAAGUCUCGAUUGCUUGUGGAGCUCCUGUGCGAUACCAAGAUUUAUUGAACGGGCUCUAUCCUGAAUGGAGUUGACUAGUUCAAAACUGCGUCUUGCGUCUUCGGUUUCUUCCGAUAUUUCAUUUAAAGGAUCUUAUCUCAAAAAGCGACAAAUUAUUUUGAUCGUUGUAUUCGUGGGUUUGAUUUCAGCCUCUGGAGGUUUUCUUCUUGGCUAUUUCUUGAAAGCAAACAAGACCAACAACGAAGACGGCUCGUCGACGACCAGCUGCGAUGAUCAACGCAGUCGUUACCAAUUCAACGUCACCAAAGCCUUUAACCAGUUUGAAGAGGACGUCAGCACAUCGGAGUUGAGAGAAAACGUGAGAUUAUAUUCUCAGAAGCCUCAUUUAGCUGGAACCGAGAGGCAACACGAACUAGCUCAGGUACUGGCAGAAAAAUUGCGUAAAUACGGGAUUGACGAUGUGGAACUACCAAGUUACAAAGUGUUACUAUCGUUUCCAAUAGAAGAUGACCCAAACAUCAUAUCAAUCGUGGCAGAAAAUGGGACAAUAGUUACAAACGUCACGCAACAGAUAACGAUAGCGCCUGGUCCUGGAAUUAAAAACACGUCACUGUUCACGCCCUAUACAGCUUAUUCUCGCAAUGGGACUGCCGAAGGUAAACUUGUCUACGUCAACCAAGGAACUCAAAAAGACUUAGAAGAGUUGGAAAAACGUAACAUAUCUCUUAAUGGAACCAUCUUACUUUCAAGGAAUUAUUUCGGUUUCUAUAACACGGCUCAAUUGGCUGCCAGCAAGGGUGCUAAAGGGCUACUUAUGUACCCAGAUCCACAAAGAUUCGCUCCGGAUGGCCUUGGUCGGAGUUCAACUUACCCUCACGCGGCAUGGCUCUCUUCUGAAGCAGUGCCACUUGCAGGGAUUUAUAGCGAGUUUGGAGACCCGUUGACAAAGAGCUUCCCUUCUCAAGAGGGAAUCUAUCAGAAGGCAUUGAAGGAUUGGAAAGAUAUUCUACCAAUACUUCUACAACCCAUCUCUUAUGGCACUGCGCGUUUUCUCUUAGAGCAAGCUGGAGGGGAUGAGAUACCUGCGGAAUGGCUUAAACAACUCAACCUCACGUUGCGAUUCAAUCAAGGCUUUCAGAAAGAGAACCGAACAAUCAAGUUAAGUAUCAACAAUCAGCUAGUUCAAAGGACAAUUUAUAAUGUGAUUGGCACCAUUACUGGGCGGCUGGAACCCAACCGCUACGUUUUUCUAGGAAAUCAUCGGGACUCAUGGGUUUACGGUGCCGCUGACGCAUUGACUGGGAUGUCGGUCCUGACAGAGACAGGCCGAGUCUUGGGACGGCUCUUGAAUCAGGGCUGGAGGCCUCGGAGGACCAUAAAACUGUGCAACUUUGGAGGAGAGGAAUUUGGCUUGAUUGGCUCUGUCGAAUGGAUGGAGGAAAACUCUUUGAUCUUCAAGCAACGAGGUGUCGCGUACUUGAACACCGAUGUUCCUGUUCAGGGAAAUUACACUCUUCUGGCCCAGACAGGCCCGUUGCUCAGUAGUGUUAUCUACAAGUGGACAAAAAUGGUCAAGGUUCCUACUGAGGAAGGGAAGUACGAAUCUAUGUAUGAUGUCAUGUUGAAGCGCGGACCGAAGCCCUCAACCCCGGGUGAACCGAAGCUAUGGCCUUACCAGUUCUUGAGUGAUUAUAUCCCUUUUUAUUUCAUGGCAGGUAUACCAUCUGCAGAUUUCAGUUAUUUCUUUGGUUAUGACGAGGACAAGGGUGGUUGGCAACUUUAUCCAUCUUACCAUACGCAAGAAGACACCUUUUACUGGGUGGAGCAAUUUGCUGAUCCGAAGUUUGAAAUUCACCGUGCCAUGACUUUACUUAUGGGAGGCAUGCUUUUGGAUUUAGCCGACUCCCGUAUCAUCCCCCUGGACUUACCGCGGCUGAACCAUUCUUUACAUCAGGCGCAGUCUAGUCUUAUCUCUCUUUCUACUUCGUUUCCCAACGACAAACGUGUACUUGAUGGGUUGUCGGCUGUCAACAGAUCCCUUCGUGAGUUUGCCAGAGCGUGUGAUUCUUUUGUGUCCGUAGUUCUUAAAACAAGCAACAAAGAAAAGGCAGAGUCGGUAACAUUGCAGGCGCUAAACAACCAAUUGACUCAAGUGGGAAAGGCUUUUAUAGAUUCCAGAGUGUCGAAUCCCAACCCUGCUGUGUUUCAACAUGUUCUCACUGCAGGCAAAUUUAGCGGCGUCUCAAAUGCAUUGAACACUAAUGACACCUCAAAGAUUCAGGAACAAUUGUCAAUUGUAUCGGUGGCCAUUUCGACCGCCGCUAAGAUCUUACAGCCUAUAAGAAUUCUUUCUGAGGAGUAAUGUAUUAUAUAUAAAAAAAAGAAAUAAUAUAUGUCAGAUAGAAGUAACAGUAAAUAUACAGGUGUGAGGCAAAACAUUUUUCAGAUCUUCGGUUUUAAUUAGCAUUUGUAGAGUUUUGCAAAGGGCAUGGCAAAUUUUUAUCAUAACGAAAAGUUACUUCUCAGCUUAAAGAAAACAGUUAGUAGCUAGUAGCGAAUGCCAUUCGCUAGUAGCGAAUGGCGUAAAGAACGCAAAAUACAGGACUUCAAAAUUUAUAACCUAUGGUUUUAAACACAGACAUAAAGUUUAACUGGGCAAUAUCCAUCGUAUAAUUUUAUGUCCUUUUAGUGAUCCAGCCUUUAAGCAGAAGCGAGGCUUCAGUUGUUUCUGUUUUUAUACAAAACUUGCUACUUUUGCUACAAAUGCGGUUAUUCUCUGGCGGUAUCAUGUAUCUAGUACCAAAUUUCUAUGAUCACAAAUCAACCCAGACCUUGCCUUACUACCGAAGCCGGGUUACACCUGAUCGAAAUGUCAAAUAGUUUUAUACUACUGACUACUUUAUUUGCAUAUCGAAAAUGGCAGGCAAUAGACCUCAAAAGCAUAAUUCCUUUAACAGCUUGCUCUAUAAAUUAAAAUGGCUAUGUGUGGGUUGUGCGGGCCAGAUGAAGUCAUCUUGGAUUUUACAUUUUUAUGACUUAAAGAAAAGAGAAAAAUAGUAAAAAAGACAAAAAUAUUCCAAAACAAUAAUUAUCUGCUAACAAAAACUUCAAUGAUGUGAAGAAUACAUGAAAUAAUUCAUAUUUGAACUGCGGUUGUAGAUGAAAACGAAGAAUGAUCAUCGCAGUAGAUUUCCUAAUUUAAGCAAUAGGAAAGAAGAAGCCUGAAAAAAAUUAGGGCUUCAACGCGAUUCGAACCCGUGAACUCCGCGAAUACCGGUACUCUAGAGCAUCGCACCGGUAUUCGCGGAGGUCGCGGGUUCGAAUACCGUUGAAGCCCUGAUUUUUUUCAAGCUUCUUAUUUCCUAUUGCUUAAAUACUGUAGAGCAUCGCACCGGUAUUCGCGGAGGUCACGGGUUCGGAUCCCGUUGAAGCCCUAAUUUUUUUCAGGCUUCUUCUUUCCAAUUGCUUAAAUUGGAAAAUUUACUGCGAUGAUCAUUCUUUACUUUCAAAAACUCCAAUGCCAUUCAGAAAACUGGAAAAAGUAUCAUUAAAAAAGGACAACUGCGAGGGCAAGAGAAACAAAAAGAAAAGUGUAAAUAGAGGUGAUUAAUAGCUUACAUUAUAAAGAGGCAAAGUUGUAGAGACAUUAGAAAUAGGAACACACUUGUGCUCUAUAAUUCGCUUCUUUUCAGCGUUUUGGUAACUGUGAAUACGUAUACAACGAAUUAUUAUUAUUAGUAUUCAUGGCACUGCUUGUGACGUUUUGUCAACCAGUGUCACAAGGUAGCCAUAAGUAUUAACAGCAGCACAAUAUAUUAAAAAGUGGUGUUACACCAGUAUUACUAUAAUCAUAAAAGUUCUACAUUAAAACAAAUGGACUGUUA